AUGGCUGCGCGCUUCCCCCUCCGCUGGCUUCAGGCCCUCCGUCCGAUCCGCCUCCAGCCCGCCCUCCGCUCCUACCAUGUCACCGCCCCCCUCCGCUCCGCCUCCGUCGCCGACGCAGCACCCUCGACGCCCCCCUUUCUCGCGACCCUCAAGGCCGACCUCAAGACGGCCAUGCGCGCCAAAGACGCCCAGCGCCUCGCCGUCCUUCGCGCCAUCAUAACCACGACCAACAACGCCGCCAAGACUGACAGCCCCAUCGCCACCGACGCCCAGCUCAUCGCCCUGCUGCGCCGCAACAUGCGCGCCAACCUCGACGCCGCCGAGCAGGCCCGCGCCGCCCAGCGCGAGGACCUCGCCGAGAAGGAGGAUGCCCAGGCCAAGGUGCUGCAGGACUACAUCGAGAACAGCGGCGUCAAGCAGGUCACUGAGGCUGAGGUCGUCGAGCUCAUCAGCCGUACGAUCGACGAGGUCAAGGCUGCGAGCGCCAACGGCAAGUCUUCGCUGGGCGCCGUCAUGAAGGGUGUUCAGGGCGCGCUCAAGGGGCGGGCUCUCGAGGUGGAGAUGGCGAGAGUCUCGGAACUGGUCAAGGAGGCCAUCAACAAGGCGUGA